AUUUCCAUCCAACAUGGCUCAACGACCUCUGAUACUGCGGUUAGCGGUGCGGAGGCAACCAUUGACUGGUUACGCUCGCCGAUUCGCGUCUAACGAAACCUCGUCCUCUAAGACAUCAUCCACACAGACCACUACUGCCGUUCCCCCCGACUGGGAAGAUGAAGCUCAAACGCUUUCGGAAUUCACGCAACUACCUUACAAGGAUUUCGGGAAGAAUCAGCUGAUAGAAACGAAUGAGGAGUUCAAAAGAGCUCUGAGGAAUAUACUCCGGAAACUACCACCCGUCACCUACGCCUUCGCCUACGGUUCCGGCGUCUUCCCGCAAUCUGACGUAACUACCUCGCGCAUCACGAAUUCACCGCAUCCCAACCCUCCGGAAGCUAUAUUGAAAUGGCAGAAAGGCGGAGGAAAGAUGAUUGAUUUUAUAGUGGCCGCUCGCUACACAGAGCACUUCCACUCGCUGAACCUCGCUCGUCACCGCGAUCACUACUCCUUCCUCGGCUCUCUCGGUUCCGGUAUCGUGAGCCAUGUAAACGAUAAAUAUGGCGCGGGCGUCUAUUUCAAUCCCUAUGUUGAUGUCAACGGGGCCAUGAUCAAGUAUGGCGUCGUCAGUCUGCAGACACUUCACCGAGACCUUACCGACUGGGAUACAUUGUAUCUAGCCGGUCGCCUUCACAAGCCCGUCAAGAUCCUCUUCGAGGAACCUAGCAUUCGCGUCGCAAACCAGCGCAACCUGCUCUCUGCAGUCCGAUGUUCGCUCCUACUCCUUCCGCCCACCUUCACAGAGAAACAACUGUACUGCACAAUCGCAGGCCUAAGCUACCAAGGCGACCCACGCAUGGACUAUGGCAGCGAAAACCCAAGAAAGAUUGAGAACAUCGUCACCCACCAAAUCCGCAACUUCCGCCUCCUCUACCACGACCUCAUCAUGUCCCUCCCCAACGUCUCCUACAUCGACGACAAGGCCAUACAAAACCCGGACUGGAUGGACGACACCAAGCUCGAUCUCCGGCUGCAGCAGGACAUGGAUCCCGAGCGGCGCGGAAACAUUGUCCGUCGCCUACCCAAAUCCUUCCGCGAGAAGCUGUACUUCCUUUACCAGCGGAAAUUCGCCAUUCCCGGUCGCGAGUUUCAGGAAAUGCUGGAUGCCAGUAAGGAUGAGGAAGGCAUCUUGAAGAAGCAGCUCGGCGGCCCCUUCGACCGGCGCAUAGCGGGUGAGACCGAUUUGCCGGAUAUGGUGGCGAGGGCGGUGCAUCAGACGGUCAAGUGGCCGUCCACGGUGCAAAGUAUCAAAAGCUUCUUCACCGCGGGGCCGACUCGCGGGUGGAGGUACCUGCAGGAGAAGAGGGCCAAGGGGAAGGAAAGGUAGAAGCACACUUUCGUUGUUAUCGUUCAUUUGUAUAACAUCCCUAGCGUCGUGCGUCGCCGAGCGCUCUGGAUUUCCUUUGUACGAUUUUGUGGUGCCUGCAUUAGCGAAGAUUUGGGUUGGGUUGAUUGGGUUUGGUUCAGCAUGUAGCCGCCGUUUGUUGAAGAGGAAACGGGUCAGGCUUGUAUCGUACUUUUCUGGAGAAUUGCGAUCGGAAAAGGCGGGGUGUAUGGUAUUAAGAUAGACAAUCAAAGUUUUCAAUCAUACAGGUG